CCUGCCCCGUUCAUCUCUCUCUGCUACACUUAUCACUACUCACUCUAUCGGCCAAUCUGCAGCGGCACCAAAACCCUAAGGGAGAUUCAGAACCAUCUUCAGUUCAAAAGGGGGAUUCCGAUAAGCUUAUCAUGGAUUCAACUCUUCCGCAACUUAGGCAACUAAAUCUGGACAGAAGGUCUCGUAUGCGAAUGUUUAUUUGUUUUGGUUAAGAAAUUUUGAGAGCUCGUGAUUUGAUGCAGAUUUAUGGGUUAUUUUGAGGCUAAAUCUUCUGCAAAACAGCAGGCAUAGAAUCCCUAACUUAGGGGAAAGUCUUUAAGAUGUAAGGCAAUCUAAGCAAAGGGAAUGGAUGCUUGGGUUUCGGGAGUAAUCUUUUAGGGCAAUCUAAGGAGAAUAAUCCAUAGCUCUAUUAUAUAAGUUUCGGAUUUGGUUUCCAGAUUUGUGAAAGAAUUGGCGAGUUUGAGCUGAAAGACUUGUCCCUAAGCGAAUCCAUGUUCUGAUGAUAUAGGCAUUGCAGCGGUAACAGAUAGCAGGUAUCUUUGUCUUCCUUCCUUAAGAGGAGGACUCGUGACCCUUACCAGACGAGGAGGGAAAUCAAUGAGCUCAAUCUCGUCAAAAUCUUUAUCAACCCCCGCCAACGAUGUGAUUCAAUCAAUUGUCACUCUGCUUGUAGGCUCCUCCUCCAAACGUCAUGAUCCUCUCCUCCAUGGAUUGCUCACCCCGUAUGUUCCCUACCUCACCGCGCCGGUCAUCCACUCCAUCUUCUCUUCUAAAAACCUCUCUUCCUCCCCAAACAUUCUCCUCUUCUUCUACAUGUGGGCCCAAUCCAAUGUCCCCUCCUUCUCCGCAAACCCUCUCCCCUCUCUUCUCUAUCUCCUCACCUCACUUGUCUCCCACAAUAAGUUCUCUGAUGCCAAAUCCCUCCUCCUCAAUUUCAUCCCCUCCGAUCACCCCACCAAUGAGCUCCACCGCAGCCUUCUCCACCCGAAUCACUCGCUUCCAAAGCCUUCGCGGGCUCUAUUGGACACGACCAUCGGGGCUUACUGCCAGUGCCGCCGCCCACACCUUGCCCUUCAGCUUUUCAAGAAAAUGAAGCGACACGGGCUGUGCCCUAAGGUGCUCACUCUCAACACUCUCCUCAACUCGCUGGUGAAGUAUCCUUCUGCCCACUCUGUACACCUUUGCAAAGAAAUUUUUAGUGAUGCACUUAAGCUAGGUUUAGCUCCGAAUGUAAUGACUUUUAACAUCUUGAUCAACGGGCAUUGUGUAGAGAAUAAAUGCAACGAUGCAAUUAGAUUGCUGGAUAAGAUGGAGGAAUAUGGGUGCAGUCCAGAUAAUGUGAGCUAUAAUACGGUAUUAGACGCAUUGUGCAAGAAGGGCAGAUUAAGAGAGGUUCGUGAUGUGCUACUGAAUAUGAAGGACAAGGCCAUCUUCCCAAAUAAGAACACUUUCAACAUUUUAGUUGGUGGUUAUUGUAGAGCAGGGUGUUUGAAGGAAGCUGUUAAGGUCAUUGAGUUGAUGAGGAGCAGCGAUACACUUCCCGAUGUCUGGACCUAUAACAUGCUGAUUAACGGUCUCUGUAAUUCAGGAAAGAUUGAAGAGGCUUUUCGGCUUCGCGAUGAAAUGGCUGGCUUGAAGUUGUUACCUGAUGUGGUAACUUAUAACACGUUGAUUAACGGUUGCUUUGAAGGUGGAAAGAGUUCUGAGGCCUUUGGUUUGCUCGAAGAGAUGAAUAGCAAUGGGAUGAAGCUUAACGAAGUUAGCUAUAAUAUAUUGAUCAAAUGGUAUUGCAAGGAAGGGAGACUAAAUGAUGCCAUAGACACUGUUCAUAGGAUGGAGAAGAGUGGAUUUUGCCCAGACUGUGUUUCAUACAAUACUCUCAUUGGUGCAUACUGUAAAAGGGGAGAUCUUGCCGAGGCUUUCAAGAUAAUCAAUAAGAUGGGAGAAAAGGGUUUGAAAAUGGAGACCUUUACACUAAACACAGUCUUGAACACGCUUUGUCAAGAAAAGAAGCUCGACGAGGCGUAUGAGUUGCUUGCGAAUGCCACUAAAUGUGGAUAUAUCAUUGACGAAGUAAGCUAUGGCUGUCUGAUCGUCGCCUAUUUCAAGAACGGGAAUGUAGAAGGAGCUCUCAAGCUUUGGGAUGAGAUGAAAGAAAAAGAGAUCUUUCCCAGUCUAGUUACAUAUAACUCUCUAAUCGCGGGCCUAUGCAAAUCAGGUAAAACAGCAGAAGCCAUCUCUAAAUUCAAUGAACUUUUGGACAACGGUUUGGUUCCAGAUGAGAUCACAUACAACACGAUCAUCCACGGGUACUGUUGGGAAGGGAAUAUGAAGAGAGCCUUUCAGUUUAGCAACAAAAUGGUGGAGGAUUCGUUCAAACCGGACACCUAUACAUGCAACAUUCUCCUUAUGGGACUUUGCAGGGAAGGGAUGAUCGAAAAAGCCAUUAACCUCUUCAACACAUGGCUUGACAAAGGGAAACAGCUCGACGCCGUGACCUACAACACACUCAUAACAGCCCUAUGUAAGGAUGGGAGACUAGAUGACGCGCUUGUGUUUGCUUCUGAGAUGGAAGCUAAGAAACUAGGGCCAGAUACUUACACCUGCAAUGCCAUUGUCAAAGCACUGAGUGAGAGUGGCAGGGCAAGGGAAGCAGAAGAUUUCGUGUCCAAAUAUAAAGAGAUGAGAAUGUCAUCUGGAGAAUCAGUUGGGGAAGACGCAGUCAAAGGUCAACAGGUUGCCGAGUCGGAAGAGAUAAAUGAGCUCUGUGCUCAAGGGAGAUAUAAGGAUGCAAUGCGUAUCUUUGAACAGCUUACCAAAAGAGGUGAUUUUGUACAGAAGUCUACUUAUAUCACUUUAAUGUAUGGACUUAUUAAGAGGAGAAAAAGUAUCUCCAAAGGAAGGUGAUUUUCAUAUGUUGACUAUUUGUUCCAAUCCCCAGAAGAGAGAAAUUUUGUUCUCUAAUUUAUAUUCAACAGUCUGUGCAUUGUGUAAUGCAUAAAGAGGGGUGGCAUCAUGGGUAGCCCGGAGGGUGUGCAAAGUGGCCAACCGCACAGGGCCCUUAAAAUUUUAGGGUCCCAUAUUUAUAAAUUUGUUAAUAAUUUUAAAGCAUAAGU